AUGCUUGCCCGCGUACUCACUCUCGUCGCCGUCUACGCCACCGUCGUUGCCGCCGACGCCACCGACGUGAGCUCUGUCACUGUCGACGUCUCCUCAUCGUCACUCACCCGGGAUGUGCUCGAUCGCGCGCGGAACGUCAAGUCCUACGUCCAACGCGUGAGAAGACACAUUCAUCAGCGUCCGGAGCUCAUGUGGGAAGAGGAGCACACGAUGUCGUUCAUCGAGCGCGAGCUGGACGCUUUAGGCAUCACACACGAACGCAUCACCGCCACCGGGGUGGUGGCAACGCUCGGUGCGGGUCGACGAAGCGUCGGAUUACGAGCCGACGCGGACGCGCUUCCGCUGACAGAGGACACCGGGUUGGCGUACGCAUCGAAGACGGAGGGGAAGAUGCACGCGUGUGGACACGACGGACACGUCGCGAUGUUGUUAGGGGCGGCACGGGUGUUGAAGGAGGUGCAUGAUGAGGACCCGGGGGCGUUUCCGGGCACGGUGCGGUUCAUCUUUCAACCGGCGGAGGAGGGCGGCGCUGGGGCAAAGGAAAUGUUAAAGCCCAGGGACGGAUCCAGAGGGAUGGUGGACUUCGAUCCGCCGAUCCAGAGCGUGUUCGGGUUGCAUAAUUGGCCGUAUCCGGAGAUGCCGAGCGGGACCGCGGGGACGAGGGGGGGGACGAUCAUGGCGGGCGCUGGGGAGUUUGUGAUCGACAUCGCCGGGAGGGGCGGACACGCCGCGGUGCCGCAUAAGAACGUGGACGUUAUCGUCGCGGGGAGCGCCAUCGUUACGGCUCUUCAGACGCUCGUGAGUCGCUUGACCGAUCCGCUGGAUAGCGUUGUGGUGAGUGUGACGGUUUUCAACGCUGGAACGGCGAGUAACAUCAUGGCAGACAAGGCGACUCUACGCGGAACGCUGCGCGCACUUAAUCCAAAGACGUUCGCAUUGAUGCAACAGAAGGUCGUCGAUAUGGCUGCCGCGACCGCCGUCGCGCACGGAUGCGAAGCGUCGACAUCUUUCGAGCCGGAGCAGUACGGAAAGAAGCGUGUCCCGUAUCCUCCCACGGUGAACGACCCGCAAGCGGCGCAGCUCGCGAUGAACGUCGCAGCGCAGCUGUUCGGAGCAGAGAACACGCGCGACGUCGUUCCGGUAAUGCCCGCCGAAGACUUUUCGUUUUUCGGUCAAACAUAUCCAUCCGUGAUGAUGUGGCUCGGUGCGUACAACGAGAGCGCCGGAUCCACGCAUCCUCUCCACAGUCCAAAGUACAUUCUUGACGAGAACAUUUUGACGAACGGAGUCGCUUUGCACGCGGCGUACGCGCUCUCCUUCCUGAAAAAUGGCUUCGCAUAG